AUGUUGUUCUCUAAGCUUAGCUCAUUCCUGAUCGCGGCCUUGCCAUUGGCUUCCGCUGCAGUCAUCAAGCGCAACAACAACUACAAGAAUGUCCUUUAUUGGGGCCAAGGUAAUGACUACCAGAAGAGCCUCGCCUCCUACUGCGCCUCCGGCUCUGGCGUUGACUUCAUUGUCCUCGCAUUCAUUGACCACUUCGGCAAUGGUGCCUACCCGAGCGGCCAGAUUGGCGCUUGCAGCAUCAACAGCGAUCAAAGCUACUCUGAUGAAUGUGCCGAUGUCGCCAAAGACAUUCAGGCCUGCAAGAACAACGGAAUCAAGGUCUUCCUCAGCAUUGGUGGCUCUGGCGCUGACAGCACCUGGCACCUGAACGGCGACGGCGAUGCCAAGGGAGUUGCCUACUCCCUUUGGCACAGCUAUGCUAACCCAGCUUAUGUUGACAAGGGCACCCCUCGCCCAUUUGGCAACGUCUUCGUUGACGGCUGGGACAUCGAUCUCGAGUCGCAGGGUGGUGAUGGUUCUCCCAACAGCUACAAGUAUCUCGGUUCGCUCUUGAACAAUCUUCGCGGCUACUUCUCCCGGGACUCAUCGCACUCGUACUACAUCGCCGGCGCUCCGCAAUGCCCCAUGCCCGAGGCCAACAUGGGACUUUCCAUGAACCAGGCCAAGUACGAUUACCUCUGGAUCCAAUUCUACAACAACAACUGCGCCGCCAACGACCUGUUCAAGGACUCCAACCAGAACCCCAACGGUGCCGGAUAUUUCAACCUCAAGGACUGGCCCAAGUACCUCAGCAACGGUGCCUCCAAGAACGCCAAGCUGAUUGUUGGCCUGCCCGGCGCUCCCGAUGCUGCCGACAACUUUGACUACGUCCAACCGAAGAACCUCGCCUCGCUCGUUUCGCAGUCACAGAACGUCCCCAACUUUGCUGGUAUUAUGAUUUACGACGCUGGCGCCAUCAGUGAGAGCACUACCAAUGGCAAGAACUAUGCCCAGCUUGUCAAGGCUGCCCUCAACAACGCUUAAAGAUGAUACCAGACUGGUUCCCGAAAUUAUAUCCCGAAGCUGGAAAUUUGCCAAACGUGGAACAUACAGCGCACGAGAGAUGCGACAGAAUUGUACCGUGCUUAGACGAGCUUGAUCGAUAAAUAACAGUGUUUUCCUUCG